UAUUCCAGGAAGGAAAAGAAAGGAAAGAAAGAGGAGAGAGAGGGAAAGAGGAGUAGCAGAGAAGCCACCGCCGGAGCACUCCCUCUUCCUCUCCCCUAUUUCUCCUGCCCUCACGCCGCCCCUGCCUCCUCCUCCUCGCCCCGCUUCGCUUCUCCACUCCCACCCAGAGGCUGGGAACUUCAAAGAGGAACAGGAUCAAUGGAGGGUGGAGACGCAAGAAAUGGUUCGACUGGGACAUCACCGAUAAAGGGAAGUGGGGAUGAUGGACCCGCAAAGCCGCUUCCCCCUUGCUGUGUCAAGGCGAGGGCUGCAGCGCCUGAAUCUGAGGCCAAGUGCCAUGCCACAGUGGUGUCGGGAUGGUUCACCGAACCCCGCUCCAGAUGUGGUAAAACGAGCAAAGUGCAGUAUUACAACAACCCAAUGUGGCCAGGAGAGGCCCAUUCCUUGAAAGUGGAAAAGAUCUUGUACCAGGGGAAGUCACUGUACCAAGAAGUCUUGAUUUUUGAGUCUUUAACCUAUGGAAAAGUCCUUGUGCUUGAUGGUAUUGUCCAAUUGACUGAUAAAGAUGAAUGUGCCUACCAGGAAAUGAUUACUCAUCUCCCACUUUGUUCAAUUACAUCCCCUAAAAGGGUUUUGGUUAUUGGAGGUGGUGAUGGUGGCGUACUUCGAGAGAUAUCAAGACAUGAUUCAGUGGAGUCUAUUGAUAUAUGUGAAAUUGAUCAGCUAGUUAUUGAUGUUUGUAAAGAUUACUUCCCAGAUUUAUCUGUUGGAUUUAAAGAUCCCCGUGUUCGACUUCAUGUUGGUGAUGCUGUGGAGUUCUUGAAAAAUUCUCCUGAAGGGACAUAUGAUGCUAUAAUUGUUGAUUCGUCUGAUCCUAUAGGGCCUGCUCAGGAACUUGUGGAGAAGCCAUUUUUUGAGACAAUUGCUAGAGCUUUGAGACCUGGUGGUGUUCUUUGUAAUCAAGCUGAGAGUAUGUGGUUGCAUACACAUCUGAUUCAGGACAUGCUCUCGAUCUGCCGCGAGACUUUUAAGGGUUCUGUCCACUAUGCCUGGACAAGCGUCCCAACAUAUCCUAGUGGUGCGAUUGGUUUUCUGCUAUGUGCCAAAGAGGGUCCACCAGUCAACUUCCUGACACCCAUAAAUCCAAUUGAAAAACUAGAAGGCGCUAUGAAAGCAGGGAGGGAUAUCAGAUUUUAUAAUUCAGAGAUGCAUAGGGCAGCUUUUGUUCUUCCAACCUUUGCAAAGAGAGAGCUCGAAGCAUACUGUGGAUCCAGUAGAAGGGAACAACCAGAGGAAAAGUCAGCGGAACAAGCAAAGAUAACUAUCGAGCCACACAGUGAAUUUCUUACUGCUUCCUAAAUCAGCUUGGUGGCUUGCAUCCUGUUCAUCGUCAUGCGAGAUAUCAAAGAAACCAUUCCGUACCCCCAUUAUAUGCUGGACAACUAGUAAUUAUGGGAUACAUUAGCAUUAUGACGUGGGUGCACUUUUAUAGUCCGUCAAUGCAUUAUGAGGCAUAUAAAUUACCUGUGUUGCGACCGUAUUGGUUAGUAAAGAUGAAAUGAGAAAGACAAGGCACAGAAACAGUUGGACAUGAACAGUGUUACCACCUGCUUCGCAUGGUCAUAGAUAUAAAUGAUGGUAUCGUUGGAUUGAAUUCUAUUAGUAAUUCAUAAUUUGGUGCUUAUUUGUUA